AUGACUGAAACUCCAUUAAAACAACGUUAUAUGGUUAUAACCUCUUCGUGGGAGGCUGGAACUCGUGAUGCUGACACUUUACAUGAUUUGACUUCUAUUCCACUUUCCACUAUAUACAAAUACAUAAAAAAACUCAAAGAUGAUAUUCCUUUGAAUCCUCUACCCCGAUCUGGCAGGCCAAAGAAACUUUCUCCUAAACAACGUCGUCAUCUCGGUCAACUCGUCUCAGUAAACAAAUUUUCUACAAGCACUGAACUUGCAAAUAUUUUAAACGCCCAUAAUCUUGACCUAAAUGUCAGUAAUUGGACAGUGCUCAAUGAACUUCAUAACAUGCAAUAUCGCAUGACUGGUGAGUGUAAUCAGGCAUUUCCAUCAUCACCUUAUUCUUUUAUUUUCAGAUAUUCAGAUAUUCUUCAUUUUGCAGUUUUGCAAUUAACUAUUGAAGAUGAUUCAUACAGUAAUUAUUUGAAGACUGCCAAUGCAUUGAUCUAUAAACUAGGACAUGAGGUUACUUUUAUCAACAGAGAUAGUAUUAAAUCAAGACCUCAUAAUAGUGCUCAAUUGUUUAGUCAACUUAAAACAUGUGUACAAAAAUUAGAAGAUAUUCUUCAAAAUAAAGUUACAGUAGGCAACCUACCAUCUUCACAACCUUCAUACAUUUCCGAUUUUGUUUCUUCAUUAAAUACCAAAAAUCCAACCCCAAUACAUCUGCCACUUAUUCCAUUUUCUCCUCUAUCUAAAAAAGUAUUAUACUACUCUCAAGAACUAGAUAAGACUAAAGCGAAAAUUGAAAAAAUCAAACAACAAAGCCCUAAAAAAAAAAUGGAAGAUGAAUUUCAUCACAAUCAACUUCGUAAAAUAGAGGAGGAAUUAAGAACCAUCGAAACAAAUGCUGUUAAGGUUAACAAUGAUAUCAAACUUAUUUCUGAAGUAAAUUUACUAUACUGGGAUGCUGAUGCUAUUGCUUUACAGUUGACAAUAAUUGAAAGUGAUCUUUUUAGAAAAAUUGAUUUCAAAAAAGAUUUUCAUAUAAAGGACAAAAAAAAUUCAAGGGCACAAGCUUGUCUAGACUUUCAUCGUUAUCUAACCAACAGUUUUUUACAUCAAUUUAUUAUUUCUAUCACUGAUAAUGUUAAACCUUCUCGAAGAGCUUCUUCAUUUAGUAGUGAUAGUGGUGGUGAUUCUCAACAUCUACAUGAAAAUAUAAUAACUCAUGCCAUAAGAAUAUCUUGUUAUCUGUUAAAUGUUUAUCGUAAUUUCAAUAGUUUUGCUGCAAUAAUCAAAGCUUUAACAUCGCCAGAAUUAUAUAGAAUACGUAAAUUAUGGGAUAGUUUACCUGUUGAUACAAUUCAAAUUCUAAAAGAUCUAUCCUGCUUCAUCAAAAAAGAUAAUGAAUAUAAAGCAUAUAAGGAGCUUCUUUUUCAAAAAUUAGAAAUUUUCCGUGAAAAUGAUCAAGGGGUGGUGGUUAUUCCAUGGAUGCAACCUCACUAUGAGGAAAUUAAACAAAUAAAUCACUCUUACACCACAGGGAAAUCUGGAAACUCCUCAGAGAUUAUGCUCUCUCCUCCAGGCGUACGUAAAUCAAUGACAAUUUGUUCUUUGCUUGAACAAUGUCAGUAUAACAUCACUUCACAAGAUUACGAUAGCGAUGAUUUAGCCGUCAAUCUUAAGACUACUUCUAGUAAUUUACCUCUUGCGAAAGAUAAAAUUACUAUGGAUGGUUUAAAUAUUAGAUUACCAUGUGAUCUUUCACAGUUAGGACUUGGUGAUUUAAAGCUACAUCAUUGGCUGGUAUCACGUGCUUAUCUUAAUAAACAACAAUUAGUUGACGAAAUAAUAAGAGAACAUGAAUUUUAUGUUUCGUCAUCAUCAAGAAGAUUAAAAUUCAAUGCCUUGGUAACGACCUAUGAAUUCAUUCUUAAAGAUCGUCAAGAAUUAGGAAAUAUUAAGUGGCAAUAUUUGGCAGUUGAUGAAGCACAUCGAUUGAAAAACAGCGAAUCACAACUCCAUGAAGUAUUGUCUACUUUUCAUACAUCUAAUCGACUUUUAAUAACAGGCACACCAUUGCAAAAUUCUGUUAAAGAACUAUGUGCACUGGUUAAUUUUCUCAUGCCUAAUUUUUUGAUCACCUCCGAUAUUGACAUUGAUGCACCCGACGAGGAACAAGAAGCAAAAAUUCGUGAACUUCAUAAAAGUCUUGAGCCCCAUAUUAAUAUCAAUAACAACGACAUGUGA